AUGGCGAGCCCAGAACCAGACAUCAAGAUCCCCCCGUCGUCCCAAUCGCAUUUUGCCAAAUUCGAAAACUUUGCGCCCGACGAUGACGCGCCCUUUGAGAACGAGUUCGCACGCCUCGCCGCCUCCCAGGAAUGGGUCCCCGGCUCCCAAGAAUACGCCAAGGAGCGCACCAUUGCCAUGCGCUCCGAGCUCAAAUCGCAUUUCUUCAAGUCGUCGCAGGACCCCGAAAAUGCCCUCGCCACCAUUACUGAGGAGGACGAGCUCGAGGGGUACCAGGCCCUGUGCGACGAAGUCGACCUGCCUCGGUACGACACCACCGACGAGUGCAAGAAGGCGCUGAAGAAGACGCUGGUCAAUAUUGUCGACUUGAUUGACACGCGGCGAACGUCAACCAAGGUCAAGGUCUGGCAGGACUUUGCCCAGUUUCGAGACUAUACGCUCCAAGACGGCCACAUGAUCAACAGGGAAGAGGCGAAGAAGGAUGGCGGAUAUCUGGCCUCGCUGCUACAGCAGCUAUUUCCAGAACGUCGAGGCCGGAAUCGAAGACGAGGUGGGAGGGGGGCGGGUGCACGCAAGAGUGACAAGGUCUCCGGGCGCGUAGUGAAAAGGGAGCGAAAGUGA